AUCAGAAUACUGGUGUAAAGUAGGAUACUUUUUGAGCUGCAAAGUGAAGUCAACAGAAUCUGUUCAAGAAGCUGAAUUGUAUGAAAAUUUUGACUUUGAGACAGAUUGCAUAAAAAGUACACUCAGGCAAUAUAAAAAUAGAAAGAAAGAGUUAGAUGAGAAGCACCAAGAAUGUCUCUCAAAUAAUCAAAAUAAAAGACUAAGAAAAAAGGCCACAAAAACCGCUAAAGAGCGUAAAGAGCAGCUUGCACGUGAUCGCAAAAGAAAAUGUAGAAAAGCAGGGACGAGCGUUAACUUGCGGCAAGAAUCAAAACGGCCUGUAAUAGCAGUGACUAUAAAUCAAAAUAUUGAGAGUAUAGCUACUGCAUCUCGAAAUGAAGAAAAUAUUGUGACUACACCUCAAAAUACUGAAAAUGAUGCUGAAAUAAAUCGAGGCAGACCAAGAAAUGCUGCAAAAAUUUUGUGA